AUGUGUGGGGAUCCGUCGCCACGGAAUCAGUAUCUCUUCAAUGGCGACUUCGUGGAUCGAGGUCAAUUUUCCGUGGAGGUGGCCUUCCUUUUGCUGGCGCUGAAGGUGUGCUAUCCUCGUGCCGUUCAUUUGAACCGUGGCAACCAUGAGGCAACUCGAAUGAAUGCUCUCUACGGCUUUCUGCGACUUGGCGCACGAGACAGAAGAGAAGUACAGCAACGAGCCUCGGCACAGAAGAUUCCCCCGGUGGAGAAGGAGUUGUUUCGGCUCUUCUCAGACGCUUUUACUCAUCUUCCACUUUGUACGUUGGUCAACGAUUCCGUCUUCGUGGUGCACGGCGGCCUUAGCUCCAAGGACGGUGUGAAAUUGUCGGAGAUCCAACAGCUGAAUCGGCUGCGAGAACCCGAUGAGACGGCGGAUCAGCUCAUGCUGGAUCUGCUGUGGUCGGAUCCCAUGGAUCAGUUGGGUCGGCUGCCGAGCCCCCGUGGAGGCGGGGUGCUCUUUGGCCCCGACGUCACAGAACGCAGCUUGGACGGUUAG